UUCUGCUGCCGCCACUUGGUGUCGCUGUAAGCAGGCGUACAUUUCAAAGAUGAUCUGAGUUCGAUCUGCGACGAUUUCUCUUCUUCGAGUUGGUGCUUGUUUACAUCGGAUUUCAGGUGAUGUUGAACCUUAAUCGUAUUUCUAUCGGAUCAACGAAAGACAUAUAUGAGUAUAUACUGAAGUGAACACACACACACACAUAUAUGUAUAUAUAAAUAUACACGACGCACCCGUGUUUAUAUAUUAUGUUGAUAUCCAGUAUGUAUACAGUUUGUGAUAAGCAUGUGGCUUCGAACGCAUAAACUCCACUGUACGUAUUGAGUACUUCAUCUCUCGUUUGUUCAUACACGAACACACACAUAUAACAUACGUAUAUAUAUAUAUAUAUAUACACACACAUACACGCAUUAAAAUAUUGCAUUACACACUCAUUAAUAUUGCUUUAUAAUAUAUAUAUUUAUAUAUACAUACACACAAUAAAAGAACCAUAUCAUACAAUACACACACAUACAUACACCUAUGUAUACAAAAAGUAUGGCGUGUUCUGCUGAAGACGAAGGCGAUCCUCGUCGUAAGAUUCUCAAGAUGGUUGUGUGUUCGUUAUGUUACGAUGCCGGUUGUUCCACGGUGGAGAACAUCGUAGCCGAAACAUUGGUGGAAAUGAUGCAAAGUUUUUUGUGUGAAGCUGGAAGGAGCUCUCAGGCGUAUUGUGAAUUGUCUGGCAGAACCACUCCAAUGUUAAGUGAUGUUGUUAUGAGUUUAAUUGAGAUGGGUACCAAAAUCGACCAGAUUCCUAUUUAUGCGAAGAAACCAAACAAAAAUGUUUUUAUUCCACCAACCCACAAGCAUGUGCCACCCUUACCUGGAAUACUCGAAACUGGGGAACGGAAGCAUCACCCAUCAUACAUCCAAGAUUAUUUCCCUCCAUUUCCAGGGCCCCACAGCUACAUUCGGACACCUACUUAUCGAGAUCCUGUGACUGACUAUCAACUGGUUCGAGAGAAAGUUGCAUCUCAGAAGAGAGAUACGGAACGAGCACUGACCCGCUUCAUAGCUAACACCGGCAAAACACAGAAACUCUUCAAUGACGACAGUGGAGCUUUUCCAUUGAUUGCCAUGAAACCAAACAUUAUGCCUUACCUAAAUGCCUUAUUGCCAAAGGACCAAGAUUUGGAUGCACAACUGCCCGUACAGAACCAAUGGGCAAACAUCAUGCAGAAGUACAAUGUCGAAGGAUCAAAAGAGGAUGCGGGCAUAGCAGUGAAUAACAUCAGCAACAACAACAACAACAACAGCAACAGCUGUGGUGGUGGUGGUGGCCACGACUUUCUUCCUGAACGGUAUGAGUAUACUCAGACUGUCUUGGACGUAGACAACGAGGCCAUCGAUAAUCCGUAUCUUCGACCGGUGAAACCUCCACGUAAGAAGAGACGGUGAAGAACAUUUUGGGUUUUGGGGGGGGACGGGGUGGAGGGUUACUUCCUUGGUUUGUGUGUGGGGGUGUGCUGGGCGGGGGGGGGAUAGUUUACUUCGUUGGUUUGAGAGGGCAAGGGUUAUGAGCUUACUCGGGUCAGCAGUUGUGGGCUGAACGCUCAGUGGGGAGGUUGAGGUCAGACGAGAGUGCCAGCUGUUUAAGGGAGCCACAUUUUACUUCUAACAUUUUGGUAACAGACUGCCCCAGCAUGGCCAGAAAACCAGCAAUUGAAUAUACAGAAUAUCCUGUACCGUGGCUGAGGUGCUUAUCGUUCACUUUUCGUUUAUGAGGUCACUCAGUUGGCUAGAAACAGCACCAAAAACCCUUCAUAUCACAUUCUGCCAUUUUACAAAAUGAAGGACAUUUUCGAGAAAGCGUGUCUUAAACACAGAUGGAAAGCAUAUGGGGAUUGGCGGGGUUACUUUAAACCCUAGGUCUCUGCAAGAUAAGGGGCCAACUUUGUGCUGCACAUUAACAAAACAAGGAAAAUACCAUUGGUUGGCUGGUGUCCUUCAAACUGUUCCAUGGUAAAUGCAACGACCCCUUUCUUAAGUGUUAUAUGACCCACAAAGCAGAAGCAUUUCAUUAUCAAAGUAUGUCCAUAGACUGAGAGUUCAAAUCCUGCCCUCGUGGUGAUAGGUUGACUUGUGGUAAUGACAACCUAAUUUUGCAGUAGGGUCCUCGGACAGUAACCCACAUGCCCCUGAUUUGGGGUUUUGAGGGUAUUGGGGACAGUCAUUGAUUGAAAGGCAGAUGGGAAUUGAAGAAAGUUGCUGUUAUUACUAGCGUGUCACAUUAUUCAUGAUUCAUCACAUUUUUUUUUUAUGUCUACAAGCAUAUAUGUGUGUGUUUGUGUAUAAAUGCAUAUUUGUAAAUUUGUAUGAAUAUGAGUAUAUUUUUAUGCAUGUGUGCAUGUAUCCGUAUAUAUAAAUGUGCGUAUGUAUAUAUAUAUAUAUAUAUAUAUAUAUAUAUAUAUAUAUAUAUAUAUGCAGAUUUGUACAUAUAAACAUGCAUAUAUAUUGGUGUGAGUAUAUGUAAAUGUAUGUAAUAUACAUAGGUGUAACAUUUCAUCAACAAAAAAUAAAAGUGAUUUAUAGA